UUGCCUGAAUUCUUGAGUUGAUAAGGUCACUAAUUAUUCGUAUCUGUCACUGAGUCAUUGUGGACUAACAUAUAUAAAUCUGCUUUAGUAGCAUGGUUAUUUGCAUCAUCAAAAAUUGGGAAGUUGUCACAUAUGUUAAAUCUAUGUUUCUGGAAAAUAACCCAUGUUGUGUUUUGAUCCGAGUCCAUGUUUAGUAUCUGGAUUCUAUCAAUUUGGCAUCUUCACUUAUUUAGGGUGUCAAUUUGCAAAAAGCCUUAUAGCUCAACUACUAUCCAGAGUUCAAAUCCCCCAAUCAUCGAACUAUCAAAACUUAUUUAGCUUCUCAAUUUAAUGACUUGUGGUUGAAUCAAAUGAAAUGGCUGCAACAUGGGUCAGAUUUUUAUUGUACUACUACAUAUAGAAGGAUCUGAGGGUUUUGGCUUUACAAGCUGCAGAGUAUGGAAUCUUAUUGAGUUGUAGAAACUGCUGGUUAUGUACAUUCACAGAGCUACACUUGUACAACAUCACCUGGUUUGACUGGUACUAAACAGUCAUCUUUCUGUAACACCUCUGAAACACUAGAAUCAUUGGGAAUGGAUUCUGAGACAGUAGUGCAUAAUGGCGGGUGCCACUGCAGGAAAGUCAGAUGGCGUGUCCAAGCUCCCACUAGCAUUGUAGCUUGGGAUUGCAACUGUUCUGACUGUUUCAUGAGGGCUAACACUCACUUCAUUGUCCCUGCUGAAAGGUUUGAGCUUCUGGGAGAUUCCGAACAGUUCCUUACGACCUACACCUUUGGCACUCAUACAGCAAAACACACAUUUUGUAAAGUUUGUGGCAUAACCUCAUUUUAUUUUCCACGUUCAAACCCAGAUGGAGUUGCAAUUACAUUCAGGUGUGUUGAUCCUGGAACACUAACCCAUGUUGAGAUUAAGAAUAUUGAUGGGAGAAAUUGGGAAAGCUCAGUUGCUAAGGCUGACAUAGCUUCACUAUCAAAGGGGCAAAAUUCUGCCAACUGAAGGGCCAAAAUGUAUUUAAAGUCAGGUAAAUUACAAACACAAGCUACCAAUAUCAACAAUGAGCAUAAAUGGGAAGUUGAUGACAUUUGUUAGUUUCAGAACGCUUAUGGAGAUAAUGAUUGGGGAUUUAUGUUUUUGGACUCUUCAUGGAUUAUACUGCACCUCUUAUGCUAGGGGUAGUAGGGGUGCUAUUUUGCAAAUUUGUUUUAUUUA